UUAAAUUUUUGAAAGAAGACUUAUUGACCUUGGAAGUUGCCUUUCGUUGCUUCGAAAAUACCAUGAAUAAUUUGGGAUAUUAGACGGAAUUAUGUUGUGCGAAGAACCGAUAAAGGCUGCCAUUUGGCAUGCUCUUAAUCACUAUGCAUUCAGUGAUGCAGCAUUUCUGGCUGAAAGAUUGUAUGCAGAAGGUGCAUCAGAUGAAGCACUGUAUCUUUUAGCUACAGUUUAUUACCGUUCUGGCCAGGCAAAGAGAUCAUAUUACUUGCUUCAGAAACGUGGUUACCCAACUGCUGAAUGCAAGUUUUUAUUUGCGAAAUGUUGUAUGGACUUAAACAAGCACUCUGAAGCUGAACGAAUAUUGACAGCAAGUAGCAAUCCUGUCGUUGGCAACAAACAAGUGGAAACAGUUGUCUCAGAAUUUGGUUCAGCAGCAAGUUACUCUCUGGCUCUGCUUGGGGAAGUUUGCAGGAAAGCUGAGAAGACAACAAGAGCUGUUGAGUGUUUCAAAAGCAGCUUAAAACACAACCCAUUGCUAUGGAGCUCCUUUGAAACCCUUUGUAAAUUAGGUGAAAAGCCAAACCCUUCAGAAAUUUUCAAAUCAUCUUCCUGUCCGCGACUGCUAACCACCUUGACACACCGUGAUACCAUGACAACGGGCUCAACAACAACAAGUUCAGAAAAUACCACUCUAUCCACAGACAACCAUGUGCGUUCCACUACCAUUGAACCAAUGGCAACCGAGAACAUGGAUCCCUCUUGGAACACGCCCACAAACACAGAAACUAACCAGUCAUUUACAGCCCCAUCUAAUCUCCAUGGCAACAAUGCUAACUAUGUUUCAUCGCCGACCCCAAUGGGCACGUCUAAUGAGAACCGAGCGCGUCCAAAAGUUGGUCGAAAUUUGCUUGGUGUGAGCUCUAGUGCCAGCCCAUUUUCCCCAAGUUUUGCGGUUUUACCCAUGGACACACCCUCCCCUGACCCAGCGACAACUUACAUCACGCCUUCCCCAACUAUAAAUGAAUGCCAGUUACCUAAAGCUCCUAAGGCGAGAAAAAUAGGACGGCGCAACGAACUAAUGGGCAAACACCCUGGCAUUACCACCUUAACGACAUCCAGUUCCAACACGACCGUAUCUCAAUCCACCUCAUCCGGUGUAAGACGAAGUACCCGACUAUUUGGAUCCACGCCAACCAAUGCGUCCUUGAAUGACUCCACGGACAAGGGUUCCAGGAAAAACAACAAGGGGGAAUUUUCAUUACAAAGAGGUGGAAUAGCGCCAAGGAAAGUAAAGACACGACGACAAACGAGAAGUUCUGCCGCCAAUAGUCAACCAUUAUCUCCCUCGUGUAGCGAGAAUAUAAUCCCAGAACCAAGUAAACCUACGCAGACCAGCGUUCAUCCUAUAAAGAUUCCUGUCUCCACAACAAGCUUAGAUAGCCUGCUCUCGCUGUAUCAAGAACUCGGCAACGCUUACGUGGCACUGACCUCGUAUGAAUGCAAGGAGUCACUCGCGUUGUUCGAGGCUGUUCAACCUCACCAUUACAACACGUGCUGGGUGUUAUCACAAGUUGCGAGGAACCAUUUUGAACUGGCGCAAUAUCAUCUCGCAGAAAAGGUUUUCUUGCAAGUUCGCCAUCUGGAUCCAUACUGUCUUAAAGGGAUGGAACUUUACUCAACUACGCUGUGGCAUUUGCAAAAAGAAGUUGCUCUCUCUGCCUUGGCCCAAGAUCUCGUCGAGACUGAAAGAGUUUGUGCUGAGGCUUGGGCAGCCACUGGCAACUGUUACAGUCUUCAAAAAGAGCACGACACGGCGAUAAAGUUUUUCCAACGAGCAGUUCAGGUGGAUCCAUCGUUUACCUACGCGUACACUCUCCUUGGCCACGAAUAUGUUCUCACCGAGGAGCUGGACAGAGCAAUGUCGUGUUUUAGGAGCGCAAUACGGACGGAUCCAAGGCAUUAUAACGCUUGGUAUGGUGUGGGAAUGAUCUACUACAAACAGGAGAAAUAUAAUUUGGCUGAAGUUCAUUUUAGAAAAGCUGUGGAAAUCAAUCAUUCUAGUUCAGUUUUAAUUUGUCAUAUUGGUGUGGUUCAACACGCUUUGAAGAGAUCCCUCACUGCAUUGUCGACGCUUGAAAAAGCAAUGCAAAUGGACCCAAAGAACCCUUUGUGCAAGUUUCAUAGAGCUACGAUACUUUUUUCCUUGGAAAGAUACAAGGAAACGUUAAGCGAGCUAGAAGAAUUAAGAAGAAUAGUACCAAAAGAAGCUUUGGUAUAUUUUUUGAUGGGAAAGGCGUACAAGAAGUUAGGCGACAACCAUCAAGCACAAAUGCAUUUUUCCUGGGCCGUGGACCUGGAUCCGAAGGGCGCCAACAAUCAGAUCAAAGAAGCUGUUGACAAACGGUAUUUACCCGAGGACGAUGACGUCAGCAUCGACGAUGUUGACUUGUCCGGGGAGGGUGGGGUGGGUGAUGAGUUGAAUAACGAAAGCAGAUUUUCGGAUAACGAAGACUUGGAAUAAAUGGCAAUAUUUCAUUGGUUAAUACCUGGUGACGAUUUGACCAAUGACGUACAGGAAUAUAGAUAAUCACUAUAUAUUAUAGUUCAGUUAGAGAAGAAUUUAAAAUAUAACUAUGACAGAAUAUCAUUUUCUGUCUAGCUAGCGAAGAAAAUGUUCAUUACGAUCAGUUUUACUUGCAAUUUUUUCUGCAAUAUUUAGAUUUUUUUGAUAGCCCUUAAUUAUGACUGAUGAAUUAGAUUUGUGUUUUUGUAAAACUGAGCCUGAAAAUAUUGCAAGUCUAACUAUAAUUUUAUCUAAUUAUUGUGGAAGUUGGUUUGAUAUUUCGUUUAGAUGGACUUUUUAGAAAUAUUGAACAAAAUAGUCUCCACCCUACGGAAUACAACUCUAAUAUGAGCAUCUAAAUAUUUUAUAAUCUCAACGCAGUUUGGUAUGUCCUAGAUAUGUUCCUCACUACUCGCUCCCAGCUUGUAUACAAGUUAUCAAUACGUCUUUCCACGAAUUAAUUUUGACUUUGUUACAAGUUGUUCGAAAACGUAAUUUGUAACUGGUUGCCAAGUCCUGGGGGCGAGGACAUUAAUAAUACGGGGGGUGGUGGACUCCAGUUGUGCAAGGAAUGAUAUGUAAGUAUUCAAAAUAAAGGUC